UGCGAUGAAGGUGACGCUGCUCCUCCGGGCCGACAGGAGGCGACCCGCCAAACACCCGCUUCUUCCCCCGAAGACACAACGGCCGCGAACAAACAUGGCGGCGUCGCUGGUACGGUUUGUCCGCGGAGGUCUCGGGCGGAGUUAUAACCUUGCAAAGAGUUCGUGUGUCCUGCAGCAGCAGAACCGACUGCAGAGCUCGACCACCGAAACCAGCCCCACCGUCAGGCCCAAGGAUGCCGUCACUCACAGCCAGCUGGCAGCGUUUGGGGAGUACGUGGCUGAGAUGAUGCCCAAAUACGUCCAGCAGGUCCAGGUGACCUGCUACAACGAGCUGGAGGUGAUGAUCCACCCCGACGGGGUGAUCCCCGUGCUCACCUUCCUGAGGGACCACACCAACACCCAGUUCAGGAACAUGAUCGACCUGACGGCGGUCGACAUCCCCUCCCGGCAGAACCGCUUUGAGAUUGUGUACCACCUGCUGUCGCUGCGCUACAACUCCCGUCUGCGCAUUAAGACGUACACGGACGAGUUGACGCCGGUGGACUCGGCGGUUCCCGUCCACCUGGCCGCUAACUGGUACGAGAGGGAGGUUUGGGACAUGUUCGGCGUGUUCUUCGCCAACCACCCAGACCUGAGGCGCAUUCUGACGGACUACGGCUUCGAGGGUCACCCCUUCAGGAAGGACUUCCCCCUCUCGGGAUACGUGGAGGUGCGUUACGACGACGAGGUGAAGCGAGUGGUGGCGGAGCCCGUCGAGCUGUCGCAGGAGUUCAGGAAGUUCGACCUGAACACGCCGUGGGAGGUGUUCCCCGCCCACCGGGAGCCCAAAGAGGCCGCCCCCAAGCUGGAGGCCGGCGACCCCGACAAGAAAUGAAGCGGCCUCUGUUGUGUCUGUGUGUGUCAUCUGUUUCACUCUGGGACCCAACAAUCCCCACCUGAAAUAUUUAUGUAAAUAAAAAAUAGUGAUAAAACAUCA